UAACAAUGCCCCUUCCGUGAUAUUAUCACUCAUUAAUCCAUCGUCUGAUUAACAAGCAACUGUUAGCAGGGGAGCUUGAAUUUGGAUAAAGCCGAGAUAAAAUGGUCUAUCAAAAUAGUGUAGCAUGUUUUUUCAUUAUACACUGCUUACUGUUAUUUUCCGCGGAGGGGCGAGCAAAUGUCCCUGCCAUCAUUGUUUUUGGAGACUCAACCGUUGAUGCAGGAAAUAAUAACCAAAUUAUAACUGUAGGAAUCAAGCCAUCUAUACCGGCUUAUUUGGAUCCAAAUUUUGGUAUAGAAGAUUUCGCAACUGGUGUCACCUUUGCCUCUGGUGGAACGGGUUACGAUAAUUUAACUGCACUCAUAACAACCGUUCUGCCUCUAUGGAGGGAAUUGGAAUACUUCAAAGACUACAAGGAGAGGUUAACUAGGUUUCAAGGAAAAGAUAAAGCUACCAAGACAUUAAACGAGGCAUUGUAUAUAAUAAGUUUAGGAACAGUCGACUUCCUUGUGAAUUAUUUCCUCUUUCCCAUACGAUCUUUAGAGUACAAUAUCGACCAAUAUGAAAAGUUUCUCUCCCAAAAUGCUGGUAAUUUCAUCAAGGAACUUUAUAAUCUGGGUGCCCGAAAAAUAUCAGUAAGCGGGUCAGCUCCAAUGGGGUGCUUGCCGAUGUUGCGAAACUUGAAUAUAGUUCUGGGAAGAACAUGUUUUGAAUUCUAUAACAAAGUGGGUAGGGAUUUUAAUGAAAAGCUAAUGAAGUUGGUCGAAAACAUGAGAAAACAAGUUGAUGGGAUUCAAAUUGUGUUUUCUGAUAUAUACGAUCCAGUGACGAAAAUGAUUCAAAAUCCUUACCUAUAG